AUGGCCCGGCCAAGCUGGCAGUGGGGGCUGACGGUUCUGGCACCGGUCUUGGCCGCUGGUGCGACGCCGACAUUUGAUGUGGACUUGACUAGCCUCACGAAGCCACCAUUAUGGGAGCCCACCUUCGAGGAGUAUUUCCCAGGGCGAGAGAAGAAUGAGAUGGGCCUUGGUUCACCAGUCGUGUUGACCAGCCCAACACGGGAGGAGUUUCUUUUUCAUGCUCGCCGUGGCUAUCCCAUUGUCGUCGCUGACUGGGCAGAAAACAUGACAUAUACUGGCUGGAGUUGCAAGGACUUCGCCGAAGCUUUUCCCUUCGGCUACAUGAAGGCAGAAUAUAUUGAUUCACUGCCUGGCUUCAACAAGAAGCAGCACGACACCAAAGUCAUUGACGGUGAGCUGCGCUUCAAGCUUGGCUCUUUCAAGCCUGAUGGGAAGACCUGGUGGUACAACUUCUCUCGUCCAGCAUCAAAAAGAUACAAGGAUGACCCCUUGAAGCCGAAGCAAGGGCCUUACGUGUGGCAUGUGAAGGAUGAGCUUAGUCCCAAGGAGAAGAAGCAGGUGCAGCAGCGGUUUGAGGUGCCUGGAUUCCUACAGGAUCCUCUCAACAAGGCCAAGAUGAACCGGAGCUUUGAAGUUUGGUUCUCUCCUGGUGCCUACUCUGGAGCAGGUGCACACAACGAUGGCUACUGUGAGUCGGUGGUCUCUCUACAGCUUCGGGGAGACAAGCGCUGGCGGAAGAUGAUGCUGCCCAAGAUGUCGUUUCUCGAUUCCUUUGAUGAGUUUGACGGUGGUGUUUAUGAGGCCAAGAAGUGGGAUCCGGAUCUCGGCUUCUUGAACAGCGCUAAGGGUGCUGUGAUUUGGCCACCCGGAUAUUUGCACGAGACCUCGACCUUGCCGCCGCCGGAUGGCCAGUGUGGCUCUGCGCUGACUCUGCAGUACGCUUUUCCUCAGCCAGUGCAAUUUUUGCGGGCUUUCUUGCCACGUCUUUCCAUGUCUGCAGAAGUCGGACACUGCGUGGCAAUGACCUGGUCGGGGUAUGCCACCAUGCACGUGCGCGGAGUGGUCCCAACUCCCAAGGAGGCGAGGAUGAAGGAACAACUGGAGAAGAUACAGACCUUGGUCGACACCAAUCAGGAUGAAGAGAUCACCGUGGAUGAGGUGAAGACCUGGUUUGAAAAAAGUGAGUCCUCAGCUCUACGUAGUCUUCCAGAUCCCGAGUUCUUGCAGCACAAGUACCUUGUGAUCUCCUACAUGGCUGAAGACACGGUGGCGUACCAUGACAUGAAUGAUGACAUGAAGGUCUCCAAGCAGGAGCUUUGGGACUCGCUCGUGCAGUGGAACGUCGUGCGGGUCCGAAUGCAGGAGGGUCUCAAGCUGUUGAAUCGCGCAGACCGAGCAGGGCUCGAGGCAUGGGAGCGGUCUCUGGAUUACUUGCGGAGGGAGCCCAUGGAUUUGCCGAAAGAUGUCAGGCCAGAGAUGCAGGAGCGUGGUGUUUAG